AUGCCGGAUAUGUCUAGUAUAUCCCAUUAUCCCUUAAAGGUGAUAUUUGCAAUUCAUUUAGUCCUAGUAACAUGGGGCAUUCAGGGACAUUGGUGUCCAAAAUCUGUAAUGUUUUACAAUUUCCUUUUCUUCGUCUGCUUAUUGUGGGCUAUUCACAAUAUUGAAUCAGAUGAACCUCUACAAUUUCAUAUAUCUUCUACGAAUAGGCCAAGCAAGAGGUGGAUGUUUAGCCACAAUGUUCACUACAAAUCCUGCAAUGGGUCAGUAAUACAUUGGAUACAGAUGUUUUAUAGGCCUGCAUUGCUUCUUCAAAAUUAUGCUUUAAUGGGGGUGGGAACAGACGUUCAUGAACGUUUUUCUAUUCUAGGCUUUGGUCGACAGGAUUACGAGGACAUAUCUCAUCCGAUUCCACAAAAUUCCGAUUUUGCUGGAGUUUAA